ACACAAUCUAACCAAUUAAGUUUUCUGUACUACGCCUUUCGGCAACCUCGCUCAACAAGGAAGUAAUCUACAAAUGGUGGCCGAGGAGCGUUUUCAGUUUGGACAGGAACUGAUAUUAACCAGAAAUGUCUCCUUAGUCUGAGCCAGAAAACAAGUGAUUGAUCAUAACAACAAUAUGUAAUUUAAUUCCAGGCUUUGUUUCCAAUACUGGGGAUAUAGAAAAUGACAAUUUGUACCUGUUUCCUUGACGUUUACAUUCUGAGGCUUGGAAUGGAAGUGAUCAUCAGGUAGCUAUGCUUUAGUGUCUUUACAAUUAUGUGUUAUGAAUAUUAACACAUGUACCUGGAUUGGAGCUCAGUGUACAGUCAAGAUUUAGAGACAUAAAAUAAAGUCUAUUUUGUGACUGUUAUUCAAUAUCAGUUAUAAUAUACAAGUUCUAUUUAAGGAAUUCCUUUUCUCUUCCUCUACUUUUUCAUCAACAUGGCAACACCCAUGGGUCAAAUCCCUCUCCGUACCUGUACUGAACACAAGGGGAGACCACUGGAACUUUACUGUGAGAAAUGUGAUACACUGGUCUGUUAUAAAUGUUUGUUAUCUACUCACAAAGGCCAUGAUGUUUGUGAACUCAGCGAUAUUACUCCUACAAAGAAACAAGACAUUCAAAACUUUAUUGACAGAACUGAACAAAAUGACCUGGUACAACUUAGGGAAUACAUCACAUCUGCUGAAACACUACUUAAAGAAAACACCAGCAAUUUUCAGAAUCUAUCACACAAGUUGAAAAUGCAAACAGAAAAAUUAAAGAAAGACCUCGACUUGUUUACAGCACAGACACUCUCUGUCUAUCACAAAAUGGAGGAGGAUAAUACCAAACUGAUACAGAAAUACAAACAGGACCUUGAAAUGUACGACAAGCAACUUGGACAACAAAUUCAGAAAUGCAAAGCAGCACUCCAGCAAGGUUCUCACAUAGAAAUCUACGACACAGGAUGUGAAAUUCAUUCCCAAAUAAGUCUCCCUGUAAAACCUGUUCUGGGUACUGCCAGUUUCACUCCGAACAAAACCCCUCAACAUCACCUAGAACUGGCCUUAGGGAAAAUUGACACCUUAGAUCAAGGUCAAGCUUCAACUGACCAGGAUGGGUCAGUCAGGACAUCUGGUGGUCAGAAACCAUCCUCUACAUCACAACUGUCAGAACCAAAAGGAAAGAAGGCAGUGACUAUGUACAAACUACUGCCACAGACAAAAGUGUUGGAGAAGUGGAAGGCUCGGGUUGAUAUUUUUUCUAUAUGCCCCACAACUGAUGGUCAGGUAUGGACCAGUGUGUCUCACAGUAAAACAUUAACUCUCCUGGACAGGAAGGGGAAAAUAAUACAGCAGGUCAAACACAAAACUGACAUCAACAACAUAAGUCUGUCACCAACAACACACACACUGUGGGUCUGUGAUACACAAAACAACAUCAUGGAGCUAGUAUCAGGACGACUAAAACACAGAUUCAGUAACAAGGAGACACCCAAGUGUAUCUGUGUUACUGCCAGUAACCAUGUCAUUGUGGGGAUGACCAACAACAUCUCCAAAUUUACCACACAAGGUCAAAUGGUACUAACUACAAGUGUUACAGGGACUGGGAAGCCAUUGGUGUGUUCACCAUGUAGGAUCUCAGAGUGUCCUGUCACUCACAAUGUUGCAGUGGUCGAUUGGAAUAAUCAGGAUGAUGGUGGUGUUGAGAUAGAACAUGUUAUUGUUAUGGACUCUGAUUUCAAGGAACUGUUUGUAUAUAGAGGUGACAUCCCCAGUACAUAUAAACAAUUACCACAUAAAGGAGCUGAUCAUGAGCCAUUUAACCCCUAUGGUGUGGUGUAUGACAGUGUGGGGAACAUUAUCAUAGGGGACUAUAACAACAACAGAGUCCUACUCAUCAGUGGACGUGGUGAGUUCCUCAGGAUCAUACACACAGACACAUACAGUACAUGGGUUGUAGGUGUAGACAGGGAGGAUGUCCUGUGGGCAGUGUUUGGUAGGGGUAUUGUUAAACUACUACAGUACAGCAGUGUGUGACUCAUGGGACAAAACUAGUAGGUAUAGUUACCAUGACAACACAGAAUCAAACCAACAAAACUGACCACAAUAAACAACCAGUCAACAUUCUACCCUGAUUGUACAUCAUCAUAAUCACUGGAGAAAAUCUAUUCAACAUUCUAGUGAUUUUUUUUUGUUAUUAUGAUCAUCAGAGAAAAAUCAGUCAACAUUCUAGUGUGAAAAAUAAUUCAUUCUCAUCAAAGUCUGCGUGGGGAACAAAUUUGUUAAAGCAAACUAAAUUUGUUACUAAACCACUGAAAUUAACUCAUGUAUCUAUGAUCUACAGUCUAUAGUGUGAGACUUCCAGAUCACUGUAACACUUGUGUAUAGAAAUAUAUAAACGACCUCUAAAUCACUUACUGGAUAGUGGGACAAACAGAUAAGUUGUUGCUGGAUAG